UAUCGCCAUAUUGAGGGAGACUUGCCGAGCAGCCAUCGGAGAAACCAGUUUUGGUGAAGAGUUUUCCACAGGUUUGGGGACGUCUUCUGCAAUAGAUAUUAAGGAUUUAAAGAUCCUGAAGUCACCUGAAAAUGGAAAGGUAGUUAAGGUCCAGAAACCCAGGGUUAGUCUGGUAUCGGCUACUCCUAAGAAGAAAAAGGAGCAAUCUUCAGGAGACUCCAAGAAGUCUGAACAAAUAGGAGAUGCCAGGAAGACCCCCAAUGGAGAGUACCCCAAGAAGCAGAGCUAUCCUGGGAAGGGCCAAAAUGGCGAGAUUGCAGCAAAGAGGGGCCAAAAUGGACAUGUUGGAAAACCAGCCAAUGAGGAUUCCAAGAAGAAUGGGAAUGACUCCAGGAAGAAUGGCAGUGAUUCCAGAAAAUUCCUGGAGCAGAUGGGGGAUGUUAGAACCAGCCAGAUAUCUCCAAGAGACUUUGGAAAUAGGGACCAAAAUGGAGAGGUGAUGAACGGAGGGAGCAGAGAGGGGACUCCCACUAAGAUGGGAAGGAAACGGCACAACUCAUUCUCUGGUUUUGGACGCAGGUCUCAAAACACGACUCCCAAGAAGUUUGAAAAUGGACGCCCGAGAUCCAAGACUAAGCUGGAGAACAACAACACGUUCUCCCCGAUCUCCCCAACAGUUAUGAAUGAAGAGUUUGACUUUGAGAAGAACCUGGCACUUUUUGACAAGGCAGCUAUAUUUGAGGAGUUGGACAUGUUGAACGGGCAGGUCUCAGAGACUAAGAAGCCUCAGAACUACAGACAUGAUGAGAACAUCCUCGGUGACCAGGAGGCAGUAGUGUAUAGACAGAUCAUUGUACCACAGCAGAGCAGCAUGGAGUUUAACACAGAUUGUGGCCUGGUGGUCCCUAGUAUCUCCUUAGAGCUGAGAAGGAGGUUAUAUGGGGCAGCAGAGAAAUGUGGGUUGUCGGAUGAGAAACAGCUAGAGGUGAUUGGUAUGUGCAGCAGUCAGAUGGCACUGCAGCUGCUGGGUGGAAGCAGUAGGCUGAACCCACGUAACACCCAUCAGAUGCCCUCAGUGGUGGUCCUGUGUGGCCCCCACAGACAGGGUGCCCAGGGCAUCAGCUGCGCUCGGCACCUCGCUAACAAGGGAGUCAACGUUACAGUGUUCCUGCCAAGCUUCAAGAAGAUGUUGGAGUGUCUGACACUGGAGCUGCAAAUGUUCAACAUGACAGAUGGUGUACACACUCCAAUACACACAGGUCUUCCCACAGAGCAUGUGGACCUGAUCAUCAACACGUUGGAUGGACAGGAGAGUGCGUUUCUCAGGGACCAGGCCUGGUACCGCAGUGUGGUGCAGUGGGUUGCACAGAACAAGGCUCCUGUGCUGGCUGUCGACCCUCCCUGUAAUCCACCGAAUUACCCCAUCCAGCCCAAGUGGUCCCUGUCUCCAGCGCUGCCCCUUGCGUUACCAGAGGCAGCUGGCACACUGUACCUCUGUGAUAUGGGGAUUCCAAGUAAGGUUUACGCUGAGGUGGGGAUCAAGUACAAGUCUCCGUUUGGCCACAAAUGUGUCAUUGCCUUGCACCACAUUAAUGCUUCUUAGUGUGUACUAUACAAUGUCUAUGUCCCUUUAGACUUCAGAUGACAGUUAGACAGAGACUAGAUUGGAAUGUUACAUUGAAAGGCAUGGAUUUUCAAGCCUUCAUAAAAAUGUUACAAAUGUA